AUGGACGCAGCUCCUAAUUAUGAUUCAUAUGGGCUCAUGGUAGUGCAUCAAGAGCUGACGACGUUCAUCGUGGCACUCUUUCUGGAGGCGUUUCUCUUUGGCGCCUUCACGAUCACCUACACGAUGGGUGCAUGGUCCUUAUUAACGACGCUUGCCUCACGGAGGUCCUCGAUGAGAGAUUGGGUUUUGCUGAGUGCCAGCACGACCAUGUUUGCCCUUGCACUUGCUCAUCUCGCGCUGAGCUUGAAAUUAACGCUCGUAGGCUUUGUUAACAAUGCAGGAAGCCUCUACUCCGUCGACAACGCGCUGUCAGGUGCCUCAUUGUGGUAUUCCACUCUUGGGGCUCCUAGGUUUGGCAUCUACGUCACGCAGACGUUGAUUGGGGAUGCUUUCAUGAUAUACAGACUUUUUCUUGUGUGGAAUCGCAGUCGAAAAGUAAUCAUACUUCCCAUAAUAUUGUGCACUCUAGACGGAGUAUCCGGCUAUCUGGGCAUCACGCCUUCUUUUGUGAUCGUGCCUCUGGCAUUCUUGUUCUUCUCGUUCAUCUCCAACACGCUCUGCUCCGCUCUCAUUAUGUGGCGCGUACUUCGCAACACAAACCAGUAUAUGCCGCUGUCAGCGCGGCUCGGGCUCCUUUGGAAGGUGGUUGAGGCAAUCGUGCAGUCCGCCGCCAUAUACUCUCUCGCGUCUAUCGCCCUGUUGGUCACGUUCUUCAUCAGCCCCAACAUCGGGUUUACCGCGUGCGCCGGCGUGUUCCCACCGCUCAUUGGUCUUGUUUUCUCUUUCAUAGUUCUCCGACUUGCGAGGAGCUCCGCGGACCACGUAGCGCGCCUUCCCGUGCACCCGCAAGACAGGGGAACAGAGAUGCGCCGCCGCGCCAUCCCGCUCCCUUUUGGUGUUCCGCCGCACACGCCUCCUUUUCCUCCACCUAGAUUUCGUCUUCCGACGCUCGAUUUCUCUGGAGACGCGCAGGCGUUGGAGAGCCUCACUACGAGCACGAGCAGCAUCAAACCGUUAGAAAUGCUCUUACGGAGCGACUCCUCACUCGAUGACGCCCGUGGCCCGGAUCCGGAAGUCGGAGGACGACCCAGAGAAGGCGACCUGGGCGUGCUAGACAUAUGUGCGGAGAAGCUAGCAUGGAAGGUCUGA